CAUUUUUGUCUGUUUAUUUGUAUUUUACAAAGUAAAGUACUUGAGUACUUUAUCCACCACUGCUGCCUUCAGAAGUCAUAAAUAGCAAGCAGGUCUCUUCUCUGUUUGAAGAAGAUUAAUGACAUUCAAAUGUUUCAGUCACACCCUCUUCCACUUUGCAACAGACCAAUCGUAACACACCUCUGAGUCAUUUUUGCAGAAAACGAAACAAUGCUUGUGUAACAAAGCGCGCCUUUCCUUCCUCAACACAAACAUGGCAGAGCCUCACAUUCCUGUCAGCAUAAAUCACCUCUCUUGUCCGAUCUGCACAAACCUUCUCAGGAGUCCCACCACCAUCCCCUGUGGACACAACUUCUGCCGGGACUGCAUCGAGGGCUGCUGGGGUGCGGAGCAGAGGGACGUCAGCUGCCCUGAAUGUUUACAGACGUUCCCCUCCAGACCCUGUUUGAUCAGGAACACGACUCUGGCUGAGAUGGUAAGAGACACGGAGACGGGUCCGAACAGGAAGAGGAAAGAAGAGGAGUCAGCUGAGGCCCAGCUGAAGAGAGGCCGGAGCAGCGCAGGCAUGUCAGGGAACACUCUGUGUUGGCGCCACAACAAACCUCUGGAUGUUUACUGCUACACAGACUGGAAGAUCAUAUGUGCUGACUGCGCUGCAGCCAGGCACAGCGGACACACAUUUGGGCUGGUGAUGAAAGAGCGGGAAAGGAAACAGAAUGAGCUGAAGAUCUUGCAAACAAAACUGAGGGAGACGCUUCAGGAGCAGCAGAAACAGCAGCAGAACAUGAAGAAGAAGUUUAACCAAAUUGAGAAGGAGGCCAAGAAAACGAAGGACGACUGUGAAACAGUCAUAGUUGAAGUCAUUGAUUGCAUUCAGAGACACUGCCUGUCUGUGAGGAAGCUGGUUGAGGAUCAGGCGAAGGCAGCAGCAGCUCAGAUCAACGUUGCACUUGAGGACCUUGAGAUGAAAAUAGAGGAGAAGAAGAAGAUGCAUGAUGAGCUCAAUCUCCUCGCACAGAGUGACAACAGUGUCGUUUUUCUGCAGGAAUGGCCCAGUAUGCAGAGUCACUGUGAAAAAGUCCUUCUGCUUUCCUGCAAUGAGAGCUCAGAGGACCAACGUUCACAAUUUGAAGUUACAAAGAGAGCUAUAGAGCAGAUUGGGAGGAAGCUGGAGGACUUCUGUCACCAACAAUUUGCUUCAAUCUCUCAAAUUUGCAAAGAUGAUCAGGAGGAACCAGUAAGGGAAAGAAACAUGGAGGAUCAGCAGCAACAAUGGGAAUCCAGUGACGCUUGGACUGGAGAAGGUUGUAAAGAGAACGUGGAGCCUACAACUAGAGAAGACUUUCUGCAGUAUGCCUGUGACCUCUCUCUGGACCCCAAAACGGCUCAUAAGGACCUGAUCAUCUCUGCUGAAGACAAAAAGGUGAUGAGGUUGUCCGGCGACAGAUACCAAACCCCAGCUUCACUUCAUCCAGGGAGGUUCAUCCAUCGAUACCAGCUGCUCUGCAGGGAGGGCCUGCAGGCCGAGCGGUGCUACUAUGAGGUGGAGUUGGAAGGAGACAAGGCAGAGAUCGCCCUCGCAUACAAAGGGAUAGACAAGAAAAGCAGCAUGAAAAAGUCGGCGUUUGGGGCCAAUGAAAACUCCUGGAGUCUUGAUGUCUCUCAGUCUUACUCUGUGAGCCACAGAUCAAAUAGCGUCGAGCUCACGCAGGAGCGCAGGGGAAAAAAGAUCGGAGUUUAUCUUAAAUUCAAGGAGGGAACUCUGUCUUUCUACGAAGUGUCAGACAGCAUGAAGUUUCUGUACAAGGUAGAGACCCAGUUCACAGAGCCGCUGUAUCCAGGGUUCUGGCUCGACAACAAAUGCUCCAUCAGGAUCUGUGAUUUGAAGCAACACAAGCAGUAGAUGUUCACAAAGAGCCAGACAUUUCAGAUCAAAAUGGGAUUUCAGCGGCUCAGGCGUUAUGCUCUGUGAGUUCAUGAUGGUUUGACAUUUCCUCUUUGUGUAUUUUCAUUUGCUGUAAAAAUAAUGCUCUGAAUCCAAUAAUAUCACUUACUAUUAUUUAGCCCAUUUUCUGUUUUAUUAAAGCUUCUUGUUUUUUAUUUUGUUUUCUGGAUGGUUUUGUUUGGUGUACAUGUAGAAUAAGCUUCAGACUUGUCUGAAUUACAUGACAGAGCAGAUGGACAAAGCUGAAUGAUUUCCUUCAAUAUCUGUCACAGAUCUGGGGUUUUUGGGUUUCAUCUGUGUUUGCACUUUGACUAUUUUCUUAUUUUCUUUAGUCCAUUAUCUCAUAUGAAUCUUCCUUCCUCUAUAAUUAGUUGUAGUAGUUCCUUGUCCCCUUGAUUACCUCUGUGUGUGUUUGUUGUUCUGCUGAGUUCUCUGUAAGUGUUUAUCAUUUAGUCAUUUUCAUCUUACGUCUGCCCGUUUGAAGUGUGAGAGUUCAAUCUAAUAUCAGAUUAAAAUGUGCUUUUAACAUUAUACAAUUUCAGUAUUUGCAAUACUUUUAUUCUUUAGUUUCUUUAAUGUCUUGUAAAGCACUUAAUCACCUUGUGUAGAAAUAAAUUCGCCUUUCCUUUAUUAAAUGUGCCGUCUUUGAGCAGAGGGCAUGAAUAUUUAUCACAUCCAUGUAUCUACUUUUUUCUCUCUUUAAUAAAAGCUAAA